UUAUUUAUAGGAAUUUAUUCUCUUUAAUACUGUAACUUAGAUUAUAAUGAAUUAUAAUAAACAUGAGUUUGUUUCAGCAAUUAAACAGUAUAUUAAUACUGAAGAAAUUCAAAAUAUUCUUAUACCUUAUCUUAAAAGUUUACCAAUUGACAUUUUGGCUAAAGUAGAGCCUCAGGAUCCUCUAGAAGUUUUAGAUCCUGAAACUUAUAGUAUUGGAUACCUUUAUAUUCUACUUGCAAGAGGACAAAUAUCAAAGCCGGAAUUAAUAUGGGAGAAUUGUAUCACAUUUCUAAAUACUUUUAAUAUUUCCUUAGUAUCUACUAUGGCAUCAGAUGAAUUUAAGGAAAUUUUGAAAUGGAUUUGUGAUAAUGCAAGUACUAUUGAUAAGUCAUUUGUUGUUAUAGACAUUUUAAAGUCAACUCUUGAAAGAUAUCCAGAUUUUUUAGUUUCAUUAACACCUGUUCGCACUAUUUUUGUGAAACAAUGUUUUGUUACAAAAGAAUAUGAAAAAGCGCAAUUUAUUUUGGAUACAGAUGUGGAGAUUUUUGAUAAGAAUAAUGGAAUUAGUUAUAUAGAUCAUCUAUUAUAUCAUUUUUACGGGGCACUUAUAUAUAUCAAAUUAAAGCUUUUUGAUAAGGCAUUACAGUUUUUCAGGAUUAUUAUAUCUGCACCUACACUUAAUACGUCAGUUAUUCAGGUUAAUGGAUAUAAAAAAUUUAUUAUAUUAAGUCUUAUUGUUAAUGGAAAGAUGGAACCAAUUCCCUAUAUUACUGAUUCUGUUGCUAGAAAAACAUAUAAAGUUCUUGGAAAAGUAUAUAAUGAAUUUUCUGAAGCUUAUGAACGUCAAAAUCAUGAAGAAAUAAAGAAUGUCUAUUUUAAACAUAGAUCUGUAUUUAUUAAGGAUAAAAAUAAUAAGCUUAUAAAAUAUGCAAUUAAUUCACUUUCAUAUCAUGAAAUAUAUAGACUUAAAGAAAUAUACACAUCCAUUUCUAUUAUUGAUAUUAAUAAAAAAAUUGGUCCUUGGCAUGGCAUUCCUUUAGAUUCACAAGAUUCUUACAAUUUGACUGAAAAAUUUAUUUCAAAUAUGAUUAAAAACGGAAAAUUGAAUGCCAAUAUCACUGACUAUAAUUCACAAAGAGUUGUUAAUUUUAUUAAUACAAUUUAUGAUAAAAAAAUUCAAAAAGAAACUUUGCUCAAACAAACAAAAGAUAUAUCUCUACUAAUAAAUAAACUAUCUAGUUCAAACUAUUCAUCUAAUCUUAAUAAUGUCUAUUUGGCUGUUCAAUCUUCUCUCUCGAACCAACACACACUUUUCAAUAAUCAAAUAAAUUCUAUACAUAAUUUUCCAAAUCUUUCAAAUAAUUCUUAAUUCAAUAUUUCAACUAUAUUUCACACAAAAAUACUCAUUUUUCUU